AUGGAAGUUAAGUUGGAUGAAGACUUAGAGGAUGGAUCAGAGGUGGAUAUGAGUAGUGCAAUAGAUGAGUUAUGGAAAAGGUUUAAGUCACUGGAUGCUGUUGGGAAAAAGGCAUUAAAAAGUAGGGUUUUUGAACUUGCCUUCCCCACAAUGACUUCUAUGUGUCCACCACCUGAGAAAAUAAAAACUAAAGGGGGAGUCAAGAAGAAAGGCAAAAAACCAGUAGGGUAUGGUGUUUAUAGAGACCCUUCGUAUCAUGAGUGUGUUGAUCAAGCAUGUCAACCAUCACAAACUUCGAAGAAAUCUCAACCAUCACAGGCUUCACAAAAGAAAUCUCAACCAUCACAGGCUUCGAAGAAAGUCAUUGCAUCAUUGCAUGGAUAUGGUGAAGAUGGUUGGCCAAUGGUUCGUCCAGACUUGGGGUUGGAAAUAAUACAUAAUGAAAGAUCAAGUUUGUAUGUCAAUUUAUUUACUGAUCAGUUAGCAGUAGUGAGAGAAUCUUUGAUGAUAGAUGCAUUUGGUCCUCAACCACCACAUAAGUGGUUAACUUUACCAGAUAUAGGUUACGUGAUAGCGAAUCGUUAUAAUGUUGUACUUGUUUGUUUAGGAUUUGAAUGCUGGACUUUCUUCCCUAUGAUAACUUCAUUUUCACCAAAUGUACCAUUUUACUGCAUUGGUUUUGUAAACACAAAUCAUUGGGUUCAGGUAAACAUGAAAGAAGGGUUUCCAUUGCCACCAGUGAUAGUAGAUUGGAAGAAGUUUCGUUCUCCAGCAGCAACAUCUUGGAUGCUAGGAUUUGCAGGAUGUCUACAAUAUUGGCAACAACUUAUGCCUAUAUUACCAACGCAUUAUGAAUUAUAA